AUGAAACCUCCGUCAUUUUCUAGAGGAUCGGACCCUUUAGUAGCUGAGAGCUGGGUCCAAAGCAUUGAGGAUAUGUUGGUAGUGCUUCCAUGUACGGAUGAACAUAAGGAAGUAUUUGUGACGUUCAAACUGACUAGGGAGGCAAAAUGCUGGUGGAGAUCGACAAAUUUGAUUGAGGAAAAGAGGCUUGAUCUAGUAGCGGUGACGUGGAGCCAAUUUCUGGAGUUGUUCUUCGACCGGUACUUCCCCGCCAUCGUUAGGAGAGUGAAGGCGGUCGAAUUCUUACACUUAACUCAGGAACAGUUGACAAUACAACAAUAUGCAACUUGCUCCAUAGAGUUGUCUCGAUUUUCCCCACAUUUGGUACCAGAUAAGGAGAAGAAGGCGAGGAAGUUUGAGGAAGACUUGAGGCAAAAUUUGUUUGAGCAGGUCAUUGGCUUUCAAGCUCAGAUAUUCGCGGAGGUUGUGGACAAAGCUGCGAUUAUUGAGAGUGACAUGCAGAGAGGUACCGCAGCUCAGAGUCAGAGGAAGAGACCUAUGCCUCAGGGUUUCCAGGCAGGUUCUAGCUAG